AUGAAGUCGUCUCCUGGCCACCUCGACUGCAGCGGCAAGAAGUAUGACUUGAAAUGGCCCAGUUCCCUCGUCGGCUUCUUGAUUGAUGCUGACAUCCGACUGGUGCGUGCUGAAUACUUGCUAAAGCUUGCACGAAGCAGGCUGCUUUGCCCCCGUCGCCAAGAAGCAGAGCUAGAGAAGUUCGAGGAUAUGCAUGGAAGUUCCCGCACUGCAUUAGUGACGACAGAGGAAAUGAAAAGUCUGCAAUACUUUCCAGGACCUGUUCGUGGACCGUUCCCGGCCAUAGUUGAUGGCUACUUCUAUACUUCGAGCGCGAGAUCCAAGCGAAUCCUCAUUGUCUCUGUGUCACAUUGCUGGGAGUCGCAGCAGCACGCAGAUCCCUGGGGCUUCCAACUGCGCCAAUUGGCAGACAGGCUCACAGCACCCGUGCAAGCUGGUUUCGAGAUUUGGGUCUUUAUGGACUGGAUAAGUUUGCCUCAGUACGAGCGCACUACUGCUCAGCAGCAGCAUUUCCAGCAUGCGAUGGAGUCAAUGUUCGUGCUUUACGCGCACAAAGCGGUGGCUUGGGUAGAGCGCGUUGCUGACCUCACACCUGAGAUUGAGAGACAGCAGCCUCCCAGCCUCAUCGAUAUCUACUGCAAGGACACCGGCAAGUUUGAGGCUCGGCCCUUUAGUGAAUUAGUGUUGAACAACACGCCGUACUUCCAGCGAGGUUGGUGUGUCGCAGAAGUUCAAUGGGCCAGCACGAAAGUGCACGUGUCUCACUUUGCGCCAAUGAGCCCAGCUACAUUUCAAGAGCGUGUCAAGCAAGGGGAAGCGCAGUCUUCAGACGCCUUGGUGCUAAAGUUCACUCACCGUUCUGACUCCGAGCUCGUGGAGCAACUGCAAGAAGAAGUUUUCGAGUUGCAAGCUACAGGGCGUAAGGUGCUUGUGGCAAAAAACUUGCCUUGGCUGGAAGUGAAGGUUCUUGGCGAUUCUUUGCCGUGCUUUGAGGUCUUGAGGGUGCUAUGUCUUGUGGACAGCUCGGUAGGGGAGACGGGAGCUGUGGCUUUGGCGAAGGCUCUUCAUGAGAUGGAGCAUCUGACCCAAGUUGGAAUUGACGGUUGUGCGCUUGGAGACCGAGGUACCUUGACAGUAGCAGCAGCAUUGAAGCAGAUGUAUCGCUUGUCACAUGUUUCGUUUCGGCGCAACGGCAUUGGGGAUGCAAGCGCAACAGCUCUCGGAGCAGUGCUGGGAGACUCCCGCAAUCUGGAGUUCGUUGACCUUCGCGACAACCAGAUCUCAGACGCUUCUGGUAAUGCUUUCGCAAAACAACUUCAAUCCGAUUUCAAGAUUUGCAGCUUCGCAGAUAUAGCCGGCAAAGACAUUUUUCCGGACCGCAACUGUUUUGUAUCCUCGACUGUAAGUACCGCGGCGACACUGAAGCGGUUGCAGUCGCAGCUGCCACUGCUCCAUCUUGAAGAUUUUCGGUAA